CUGCCUUUUCUGCAUGAUAGCGAGAUCUCACAGCAAUUUACAGCAGGGCAAUCCUGUUUGUUUUAUCUCGUGGAUACCACACGAUUAAAACUGUAUAUACUUUUGAUGAUAAACUUCAUCAUUGUCAACCAACCUCCACUGAGAUCAUCACCUUUUUGAUCCUAUAUAAGAAGCUUAAUUUGGUGAAGAAGGGAUUGUGCUUCUAUUACACUACUUACAGACACGACCAAACACGUGCUGAUAUUCAUUGAUCUGAGAGGAGGAAGGAGUUGCAGAGUAGUGUAUCAAUGGCGGUCCAGGGAGACAUGGAGAGUCGGAACCCAACUGGAUCCCAGUUCAAUAAAUAUGCUUGUGCAUGUGCUAUAGUUGCCUCCAUGAUAUCGAUCAUUUUUGGUUAUGAUACCGGAGUUAUGAGUGGAGCUAUGAUAUUUAUAAAAGAAGAUUUGAAGAUCGACGACGUUCAAGUCGAGGUGUUGGCCGGAAUCCUAAACAUCUGUGCACUUUUUGGUUCUCUCCUCGCCGGGAGAACUUCGGACUACAUCGGAAGACGAUACACCAUCGUUGUGGCCUCCAUUAUCUUUCUGGUCGGCUCAGUUUUAAUGGGUUAUGGACCAAACUACGUACUCUUAAUGGCCGGAAGAUGUACGGCGGGCAUAGGCGUCGGCUUUGCGCUGAUGAUCGCACCGGUUUACUCUGCAGAGAUUUCAUCUCCAGGAUCGCGAGGGCUCAUAACUUCCCUACCGGAGAUUGGCAUCAGUACCGGAAUCUUACUGGGUUACGUCUCGAACUUCUUCUUCGCAAAGCUGACAUUGAAACUCGGGUGGAGGAUGAUGCUCGGCGUGGCGGCAAUCCCUUCACUUGCGCUGGCUUUUGGAAUAACAAGAAUGCCAGAGUCACCCAGAUGGCUGGUGCUUCAGGGCCGGUUGGGGGAAGCCAGGAGGGUCUUGCUCAAGGUCUCGAACGAUGAACAAGAAGCCGAGAUUCGUUUCCGGGAAAUAAAAGUUGCAGCGGGAAUAGACGAGAACUGCAACGACGAAAUUGUUAUGCUCGAGAGAAAGACCGGCGGUCAAGGGGUAUGGAAAGAGUUACUUCUCCGGCCAACUCCGGCAGUACGCUGGAUCUUGAUUGCCGCAAUCGGGAUUCAUUUCUUCGAACACGCGACGGGGAUUGAAGCAGUGAUUUUAUACAGCCCAAGAAUCUUCAAGAAAGCCGGAGUAACCAGCAAAGACAAGCUCCUCCUCGCCACCAUCGGCGUUGGACUGACGAAAAUAACGUUCAUCGCUAUGACGACGUUUUUGCUCGACAGGUCUGGGCGAAGAAGGUUACUGUUAACAAGUACAGGCGGGAUGGUUGUGGCAUUGACAACAUUAGGAUUCAGCUUGACAGUAGCGGAGAAGUCUGGAAUGAAGCUUGAAUGGGCUUUGGUACUGAGCAUCGUCACUACUUAUAUGUUUGUAGCAUUCUUCUCGAUCGGACUGGGUCCUGUGACGUGGGUGUAUAGUACAGAGAUAUUUCCAUUGAAGCUGAGAGCUCAAGGAGUUGCGAUAGGAGUAGCGGUGAACAGGCUGAUGAACGCUACGAUUUCGAUGAGUUUUAUAUCGAUAUACGAAGCGAUAACCAUUGGAGGAGCCUUCUUCAUGUUUGCUAUAAUCUCAGUGAUAGCCUGGCUCUUCUUCUACUUCCUGUUUCCAGAGACGAAGGGAAGAACAUUGGAGGAGAUGGAGACGCUUUUUAGCAGGAACAGGAAGCGGAAGAGUCAGAGUAUAGGUAGUGUUGAACUGAAGCCAAGAGAAAUUGUGUGAAGGAGCAGGCUUACAAUUAAUACAAUAUGUUUGUUGUCAUAUAUAUAUAUAUAUAUUAGUUAACACAUUUUAUAUAUGGUACAAUAUCUUAAAAAAGGAAAGAUUACGUUUAAUAGGUUAAGCAAAUUUGGACUCAAUUUUCUUGUAAAUCAAGUUGGGAUUUCGUGUGUAUUAGGGAGCAUAGUGAAAAAUUAAAUGAAAAUAUUUGUCUUGCACGAA